GACUUCUAUCACACCGCCUACGAUUUAUUUACAUACGACGAUGCGUUCAAUCCAGAUCGCGGCUUUCCUGGCCUUGCCAUUGUUCGUCUUCAGCAAUCCAAUUGCUCAGACUUAUUCUCCUGUCAAAGAUCCCGUCCCUAUACCAGCCAGUGUCCCUGCAUCUAUUGUUGCUAUCCUCAAAACGCUGAACUACAAGGAUGAUGAUCAGAUUAUUGUGCACUUGCAGGACGGGUCGGUUCGAUACAUCAUCUACGCUGCUCUGAAAAGAGAUUGCAUUCCUUGCGACAGAAGGAACGACUCUUGGAUGAACUGCCAUCCUGGGGCAUACGCGAACGAUUAUCAGCAUGCGUGUAAUGCGGUUACACAGUGCAGGAGUUGAGAAAUUGCUUUGAUGUUUGCAUGGAUGGGAAGAGACGUUUGCAUGGAAAGAGACGUUUGCAUGACAAGAGACAUUUGCAUUGGCGUGUCCAUGUAGUCAGUAUGGGCAACUACUGGAUGAACUGCCAUCCUGGGGCAUCUACGAAUGAAUGAUCUGCAUGAGUGUGAGGCGUUUGCAGGAUGCAGAAUUUCAGGAAUUGCUUCAACGUUUGGAUAGAAAUAGAAGAUGGAGCGUUCGAUUUGAAUGUAAAUU